CCCGCGGGCGCGCGGAGUGAAGACGGUGACAGCCACGCGCGCACGUGCGUGCCCGGCUGCAGCGCGGCCCCGACACCUCCCUCGACCGCUGAGAAGCGUGCGGGGUCUGGGCCGCCGGCGUCUAGGGGCCCCGUCCCCGGGCGUCACCAGCGUCCCCGGCCCGAGUCCCGGAGAGCUGGGCCGUGCCCGCCCCUUCGGUCCCCGAUCGCGAUCCCUUACCGUGGCCGUCAGGGUCCGCCCCCAACUCCCAUUUCGGUUCCCGGGGCAGGGUCCUCGCGGUCCAUGCUGGCCGCUGGAGGCCCGCGCCGCUCAGUCAGCUCCCGGGCCGGCCAGCCGGCCACCAUGGUGGCCCUGAGGCCUGUGAGGCUCCUCCAGGGAGGCUAAAAGGUCCAGAGCGCAGGCCUCGGGGCGCGAGGGUCCCGAACGUGAGCCCCGCGCCAUGGCCGGGGCCAUCGCUUCCCGAAUGAGCUUCAGCUCGCUCAAGAGGAAGCAGCCCAAGACGUUCACAGUGCGGAUCGUCACCAUGGACGCGGAGAUGGAGUUCAAUUGCGAGAUGAAGUGGAAAGGGAAGGACCUGUUUGACUUGGUGUGCCGGACCCUGGGGCUUCGGGAAACCUGGUUCUUUGGCCUGCAGUAUACAAUCAAGGACACCGUGGCCUGGCUCAAGAUGGACAAGAAGGUGCUGGAUCAUGACGUUUCAAAGGAAGAGCCAGUCACCUUUCACUUCCUGGCCAAAUUUUAUCCUGAGAAUGCCGAGGAGGAGCUGGUUCAGGAGAUCACGCAACAUUUAUUCUUCUUGCAGGUAAAGAAGCAGAUUUUAGAUGAAAAGAUCUACUGCCCUCCCGAGGCUUCUGUGCUCCUGGCUUCUUACGCCGUCCAGGCCAAGUACGGUGACUACGACCCCUCUGUUCACAAGCGGGGAUUUUUGGCCCAAGAGGAAUUGCUUCCAAAAAGGGUAAUAAAUCUGUAUCAAAUGACUCCAGAAAUGUGGGAGGAAAGAAUCACAGCCUGGUACGCAGAGCACCGAGGCCGAGCCAGGGACGAAGCUGAAAUGGAAUAUUUGAAGAUAGCUCAGGACCUGGAGAUGUACGGUGUGAACUACUUUACAAUCCGGAAUAAAAAGGGCACAGAGCUGCUGCUCGGAGUGGAUGCUUUGGGGCUUCACAUUUAUGACCCUGAGAACAGGCUGACCCCCAAGAUCUCCUUCCCGUGGAAUGAAAUCCGGAACAUCUCUUACAGCGACAAGGAGUUUACUAUUAAGCCAUUGGAUAAGAAAAUUGAUGUCUUCAAAUUUAACUCCUCAAAGCUUCGUGUUAAUAAGCUGAUUCUCCAGCUGUGUAUCGGGAACCACGACCUGUUUAUGAGGAGGAGGAAGGCCGAUUCUUUGGAAGUUCAGCAGAUGAAAGCUCAGGCCAGGGAGGAGAAGGCCAGAAAGCAGAUGGAGAGGCAGCGCCUUGCUCGAGAGAAGCAGAUGAGGGAGGAGGCUGAACGCACGAGGGACGAGCUGGAGAGGAGACUGCUGCAGAUGAAGGAAGAGGCAACGAUGGCCAACGAAGCCCUGAUGCGGUCCGAGGAGACAGCCGACCUGUUGGCUGAAAAGGCCCAAAUCACUGAGGAGGAGGCGAAGCUCCUGGCACAGAAGGCGGCAGAGGCCGAACAGGAGAUGCAGCGCAUCAAGGCCACGGCCAUCCGGACGGAGGAAGAGAAGCGCCUUAUGGAGCAGAAGGUGCUGGAGGCUGAGGUGCUGGCGCUGAAGAUGGCUGAGGAGUCCGAGAGGAGGGCCAAGGAGGCAGAUCAGCUGAAGCAGGACCUGCAGGAAGCCCGCGAGGCAGAGCGAAGAGCCAAGCAGAAGCUCUUGGAAAUCACCACCAAGCCCACGUACCCGCCCAUGAACCCACUCCCAGCCCCGCUGCCGCCUGACAUACCAAGCUUCAACCUCAUUGGUGACAGCCUGUCUUUCGACUUCAAGGAUACUGACAUGAAGCGGCUUUCCAUGGAGAUAGAGAAAGAAAAUGGGUGCUUCACUGCCAUUUUACAGAGGAGGAAACUGAGGCCUGGAGAGAUGCCAGGAGGAGCCAAGAGACCCCAGCCCCCUGCACUUCCCCACACCGAGGGCCACUGUGUGAGCGCCAUGCGGGACACAGCUCCCUCCGUACUCCCUGUCCUGCCCGAGAUGUCAGCCCGUGUGUCCCUCACACAGGUGCAGAAUGGCAGCGAUGUGUGUGCAGAAAAGCCACCAAAUGCCGGUUUCCAGGGCUGGGAGAAAGGUGAGCCCGGGGCAAAGGGGAGAAGGAACCCCCGGCGGGCGAGGGGCGGCCGCACAGGGGACGGCGGCGGGAAGGGGCGGGCGGGGUGGGGUCGGGAGCGCGAAGGGGGCGGGCGGCGGGCGGGGGAGGCGGGGAGCGCAGCCAGCGCGGCACAGAGCGAGCGAGCGAGCAGGCGAGGCGGCGAGAACCGGAGCGGCGGGCCGGGCGGCCGCGCCGGCGAGCGGACCAGCGGGCGGCGAGCAGCGCGCAGCGCCGAGCGCGCGGGGCACCGAGGAGCGGGAGCGGCGGGCGCAGCGCGCAGCGGCCCGAGCGGAGAGGCCCGAGCGGCGCCGCCCCCGCGGCCCCUGCGGGGCCCCGGCCGGGAGCCCAACGAAGGAGGGGACGGCAUGGACCGGCGGCCCGGGGCGCGGGGGCGCUAG